UGUAAAGUCAGUUAGGCAAAGACUGCGCAACGAGGCAGACAUACAAUAUUUACGCGUCUUCCUUAAAUAUUUUCCUCGUCGUGGCUAAACGGAAUUUUCGCAAUUUUUACAUAAAAAUAUAAAAAUUAAUCUAAACUACUAAAAUUAUAAACAUAUUGCAAACCAAGAAGCGAGUUUAGCGAAUUCGCUGAAACUAAUAUAAACAUUUUACGCUAAAGAUAUAAUAUGACUGUGACAGCAUAUGCCGCCGCCAUGCACAGACCAUUCUUCAGUGGAUAUUCUUCAAUGCAAGAUAUGAACAGCGGCCAAGGACGUGUGAAUCAGCUGGGUGGAGUUUUCAUUAACGGUCGUCCAUUGCCUAAUACCAUACGCUUAAAAAUAGUAGAGAUGGCUGCUGAUGGCGUUAGACCUUGUGUCAUCUCGAGACAACUUCGUGUCUCUCAUGGCUGUGUGUCAAAGAUUUUGAACCGGUAUCAAGAAACUGGAUCCAUACGUCCCGGAGUUAUUGGUGGUUCGAAACCCCGCAUUGCAACACCAGAGAUCGAGAAUCGAAUUGAAGAAUAUAAGCGCAAUCAUCCUGGAAUGUUCUCCUGGGAGAUUCGUGAGAAGCUAAUACGUGAAGGCAUUUGCGAUCGCAGCACUGCACCUUCGGUAUCAGCUAUAUCGCGCCUGGUGCGCGGCCGUGAUGCUCCACCUGAUGAUGGGGAACAGCUAUCCACUUCAAGAUCGAAUAAGACUUCUUCCAGCUCUUCCAGUUCAGAGUUAAACCACAGCAACAACGCAAACAGUAAACCAUCUGAUGAGGAUAUCUCCGAUUGUGAAAGUGAACCAGGAAUCGCUCUGAAACGAAAGCAGCGCCGUUGUCGCACCACCUUUUCAGCUGCCCAAUUAGAUGAAUUAGAAAGAGCCUUCGAGCGUACCCAGUAUCCGGACAUUUACACCCGCGAAGAGCUGGCACAGCGUACCAAUUUGACAGAGGCUCGAAUUCAGGUUUGGUUCAGUAAUCGGCGUGCUCGUUUACGAAAACAAAAUACUUCCGUGAUGGGCACAAGUGUCGCUGGGGUGGCAAAUUGUGUUGGCUCCACAACUCCCCCAGUUGGAUCCUCCUUGAUGACUUCUUCUGUCGGUGUUGUACCCAAUGUAGCCAGCAUGGCCCUAAUGCCGCCCACAAUUGAUGCGGUAUACCAACACCAAUACGAUUUCUAUGGCAGUUCCGUACCCUCGGCUACAGUUGCGGGCAGCAAUCUCUCACCUGGUGCCAACAUGUCCAAUACACCUCCGCAUCAUCAUUUUUUCAGUCCAGCCAAUUCAAGUACAGCCAGCUAUAUAAUGCCUAGUACAGCUAACAAUGCAAGCACCAACCUUAUAGUGUCCUCCUCUUGCUAUGAAUCUCAAAUAAGCUCCGUUUACAGCACUGAAUCUGAGCCACAUCAGACAAUGCCACGUAACGAGAGCCCCAAUGAGUCGGUAUCUUCCACUUUUGGCCAAUUACCGCCCACACCUAACAGUCUAUCGGCCGUAGUAGUGGGUGGAGGUAGUAAUGCAACAAAUCCAGCUGAGUCUUCGCAAUCACUGGCCAAUGCCAGCGUUGACAGCGAAGAUCUCUCUGCUGAUUUAAAAGUGGAAGCAGCCGAUUUGGUGUCAGCUUCGGCGGUUGUUACUCAACAACAGCCGCAACUGUAUAGCAGCUGGACAACAAUGCGGCCAAAUGCUCCCCUAUCGCCGGAGGACUCGCUCAAUUCUAUCACUUCAACAAGCCAGGCUUUGGAGAUGUCGGCAGCACAUCAAAUGUUUCAUCCAUAUCAACAUGCAGCACCACAAUAUGCGUCAUAUCCUUCAGCAACGGCACAUCCCCAUUCGCACCCGCAUGGCCACGUGCCACCGUCCCAUCCUCAUGCACAUCCACAUCAUGGGCAAUACACUAACACGGGUCAUCCACAUUAUGCCCCAACGCCCACGACGCACUUCAUGCCGCAAAAUUUCAAUGCAGCAGCCGCCGCUUUCUCAUCGCCUUCGAAAGUCAACUACACGACAAUGCCGCCACAACCGUUCUAUCACUCCUGGUACUAGGGUGUGGCCUACUAAAUAUAGCAAAUAUGUUUUUAAAAUAUGCGUCGCCAAAGAUAUUUGUUUUUUAAGAUAGAGUUAAACAUGAAGCUCUGUGUAUUUUAAGUAUUUUUUCAUGAAGACUUUUAAGUUAAUUUUGGAGUUUACAGUUUUACGAGAAAUAUGCUUUGAUAACCAUAAGGUAGUGCUUAAAAAUAAAAUGAGGAUCUCAAUAUCCGAAAUUGCGUAGAAA